UUGGCGGGGGAUUGCCUCACUCUCGCGCGUAAGGCGGGAGAAUCUUCAGUGGAUUGCACGCCUGAGUCCCGAUAGCAUUCGGAGUUCUAGUUUCUCUGCUUCCCAAGUAACAGAGAGGGACGGCAAUUGAGGACUUACCGUUGGCACUCGCUCUUCAAAUGGUCUUACAGACGGUGCCGGCUUCAAGGAUGAUCCACAGUCACGGAAACAAUUUCAGUUUGAAGACUAAUUUCAGAUGGUCGCAGAAGCUGUGACGAUUCCAGGUUUGUGCCAACCUUCAUCUUGACAUGAUCAAUCAUCGACCAUACUGGAAGACUCCAAAAGACUCCAUUCAGCAAUAUGGCCGCCAACGCGUCCCACGUCGCCAUGCAACCGGACCAACCGGCCCUGUUACAGUUUUAUUCCUGGUUUCUCGGUAUCCAUGGUUACGCCAGUGUUGUUGUGUGCAUAUUUGGUGUUUUCACGAACAUCUUCAACAUCACCAUCCUGACGCGACGUGACAUGCGCACACCCACAAACAUCUUGCUGACCUGGUUGGCAGUGUCCGACAUCCUCACCAUGGCUCCGUACAUUCCGUUUGCUAUACAUUUCUACUGUCCCCCUGCUGACCCCAGAGUCAAUCCGGAGAAGUUUACAUAUAACUGGAUCAUGUACAUGCUAUUCCUCAUCAACAUAACGGCCACAACACAUACAAUAUCAAACUGGUUGGGUGUUUCCUUAGCGGUAUUUCGAUUCGUUCAAAUGAGAUCAACAAGUCGCGGGCCGCUGGCAAAAGAACGAAGGAUACGUCACGUGAAAGGCAUAACGCUGGCUGUGAACGUACUGUCAUCCGUUGUGUUAAUACCAAACUACCUUACAAAUGAGAUCCAGUGGCACGCACAGGACAACAACACGAUAGUGUAUGGGAUCAAAGAUUUAAACCUUGCCACCAACCAGACGAAAAGUAUUGUUCUGUUCAAUGUCAUAAACUACGCGGUGACCGCCAAACUCGUUCCAUGUGUAUUAAUGAUAGUGUUCAGUGGCUCCUUGGUGUAUACUCUCAGUGUUAAAAACAGAGAAAGGAGACGGAGAUUAUCAGCAAGCGGUAAGAAGUCAAAAAAGGAUUCCAGACAAGCCACCACCACCAGGAUGUUAUUGGUUGUUAUAAUUCUUUUCCUCAUCACCGAGUUCCCACAAGGCAUAUUGAUUCUGCUCAGCGCAACAAUGCCUGGGUUUUAUACCAAUGUGUACCAACUUUUAGGAGAUCUCAUGGACUUCAUAGCGUUGUUGAAUAAUGCCAUUAACUUCGUAUUGUAUUGCAUUAUGAGUCAACAGUUCCGAGCCAGAUUUUUAGAAAUGUACCUUCGGCGGGCAGUCCUGCAUAAACCGUUAGAGGAGAGUGGGACGACCUCGGAGCGGUUGUGUUUGAAGGAACCACCAACAAAGACUACCUUGGCAGACUAGAGACUU